AUGAACACUCCGCGUUACCAUGCUGUCAACAAUGCGCAGCAAACACCACCAGCCCGACGACACAUUCCCUGGCUUGGCCUCGGUUCUAUUACGCUGGCAUUCGGCUGCGCCGUCACUGCACUCACCAUCGGACUGGUAUCGAAUGGACAAGUGCUGAAUGCAUGGGAAGUAGGCGGCUACGAUUUGCAGCCUUCCGUACUACUGGCCAUCACGGCGACCGUAGCUAAUGCGCUACUUGCCUAUGCCUUCGCGGAAGGUGCGUGCCUCAGUUGGUGGACUCGAGUACAAACAGGAACAACAUUACGAGGCCUACACGCAGCACUCGAGCAGGCCAGCUCCAUUCCUGGGCUAUUUGCACAUCUACCGCAUUUCAGCAGAGUCGCUAUUGCCAGUGUAGCCAUGCUGGUGCUUCUGACCGACGCUCCACUACUGCAGCGUGCCUCCACCGUGCGCACAUACCAAUCGACAACAUCGACGAACCUGACCUUCCCCGUUUCAUCCGAUCCGCUGCAAUUGGGCGCGACAGGUGUCAUCGCAGACCAUUCGGACAAAUUCGCGCCGGGCCUGUACAAUCCAGACUUCGCCCAAGUCGUGCAGCAGUACAACUCACGCCAGGACAUCAACAUUGCGAAUUCUACAUGCAAGGGAAGAUGCUCCACGGAGAUUGUCGCACCGGGAUGGGAUGUCACAUGUACAAGCGGAACACUACCCUUUCGCCUGCCAGACUACUACGAGAUGAACAACUACACGUCUUUGGCUCUCAAUAAUCAAACCGAUCAAUACCACGGUCCCGCGGACACACAGACGAUGUUUGAAACAAACAUUACCCUCAGCUGGGAUUACUGGAAUAUUAGCAAUGACUACAGCUAUUCAGGACUCUAUAGCAUGAACUUUUACAACAUCCACAAAGUGACAGCUGGCGGCAACGGCACCAUGCAUUGGACAAAUUGCACGCUGUCUGAAGCCUUAGUCCGCUACCCGGUCAGCCUAGAGAACGAUACCGUGAGUCUACAGCCGAUGGAUGAUCAAGAGAAUCGAACGGUACACCAGAUAUACCGCCAGCUUGACGACACUGGCAUGCAAAACCACCCCUCAACCCUCGGCGGCUUCUGGCUCGCCCUGACCAACCAAUACACUACCCAAGCAAACAUCACCCCUGUCGGCAGCUGGAUCCGCCUCGACAACUCCAACGCCAUCGCCAACGAAUACUUCGCCUCCAACGCCACCGUCGACUCGCUCAACUCCUACAACAUCACCUGGGCCGACCCGAUCCCAGACAUGCUCGCCACAAUCCACGAGCUCUCCCUCCGCGCCGCCAUCGCCCUGACCAACAAAUCCGCCACCACCAGCGUCGACGCCUGCGACGAAACAACCUUGGGCCACUGCUCCACGCCCACGAGCACGAGGCCGGAAAUCGGAUACCCGAACAUGACGCUCGUCAACCGCACCUUGUCGCAAACCGUCCCCGCUACGCAGUCACAAUCCCGCACCGUCUACCACACCCGCGUCGGCUGGCUCGCAGGAGGCUUCGCAGUCAUGUGCAUCGCAUGUCUAGCGCUCCUCCCCACCUACUGGGGCUGGUGGCGUCUCCACGGGCGAGUAAGCAUGAGUCCCCUCGACAUAGCCCGGGCUUUCGAUGCCCCUCUGCUGAGACAUACCGAUCAUGAGCCGAGGAGCCCGGCGUGGUUGAAGUCUGUGGGUGGGUUGAAGGUGCAGUAUAGUCCUGCUGGGGGCACGAUUCUUGCCACGGAGAGGGGGGUGAGUGCAGGGGAUGUGGAGACGAAGACGGGGGUGGAGGUUGCGGAGGGGAAUGCUAGUAGGUCUGUUUCGAGUUUUAGGGAGACGCCUGAGGGUAGAGGGCGGAGUGCGAGUCGCUUUUGA